UCACGUUGCACAAAUGUGUCAAGCGCUCCAGAGUGGAUGACGAUUUGCCUCCGUGAGUUGGAGAUAAUCCCCCAAAAAUAUCCUCAAUAUAGUCCUACGAUCAAUUUGAUAGAAAUCCAGUGUGCGGAUAUUGAAGCGGAAACACACGAGAAGCUGGAAAGAGUUCAAGGCCAACAUUCAACACUGAUUGAAUGAACUCUUUGCUGUCGUCACCACAUGGAACCCAUUCCUGUUACUGAACAUAUGAAGACUUUCACCGACCACUGGGAUUGGGUAAAUUAUUACUGAUGUGUGACCAAAGUUCGGAGAUGCCUGGAGGUGACAGCGGUCCGGAUGGGGAGGAGCCUGCAGUACCAUCAACCACAGGAGAACAUGGGGGGGAGGCGAGGGGAGCUUCAGGAGGGGAAGCUGGGCAGGAAGAUGAGGAGAUGACUAGCGGCUCACACGACCUCUCUUCCUCAACCAAUCACAGCCCUGGUAGUGCCAUGGGAUCCACCUCAGCUUCAACUAAGAGCAGUGAGAACACAGAUGGCAGCAAAGGCCAGACCCACAGAGAACUGAUGAUCACAGUGGCUGAAAUGAAGAAGAGGCUUCCAUCUGACAAACGCAAUCGCAGCAAAGCCAGCACUGUGGAGGCCUUACACUACGCGCUCAACUGUGUCAAACAAGUGCAAGCUAAUAGCGAAUACUACAAACUGCUGAUGCGAAAUGGCCAGGAUGAGAGGAGAGAUGCCAGUGUUUGCACCCUGCAGGAGCUGGAGAGAGUUACCUCUGAACACACGCUUAAAAACACGGACUCCUUCGUUGUGGUUUUCUCGCUGUCGAGUGGCCGCGUGAUGUACGCGUCGGAGCAGGCUCCCAGCAUUCUGUGCUGCAAGAAGAAGUUCCUGGAGUCGGCCAAGUUUGUGGAGCUGCUCUUCCACCAAGAUGUUAAUGUCUUCUACUCGCACACGGCUCAGCUGCAUCUGCCACCCUGGAGCAACUCUAACACAGCAGGCAUUCUGUUCGACUCUGCCCAGGUCAAGUCUUUUUUCUGCAGAAUCAGGGGUGGGAAGGACCGUGAGGGUGAGAUGCGGUACAACCCAUUUCGGAUAACACCCUACCUGCUGAAGGUGCAGGGAAAAGAAGACAGUCAGGAGGAGGAGGAGUCGUGCUGCCUGGCGCUGGCUGAACGUAUCAUCUCUGGAUAUGAAGCGCCUCGGAUCCCCUUGGACAAGCGAAUCUUCACUACCACUCACUCCCCUGGCUGUGUGUUCCUGGAAGUGGAUGACAGGGCUGUGCCGUUGCUAGGAUACCUUCCUCAGGAUCUUAUUGGCUCCUCACUGCUGACUUGCAUCCACCCAGACGACCGCCCCCUCAUGCUGUCUAUGCACCGGAAAGUGUUGAAAUAUGCGGGCCAGUCUCCGUUUGAGCACUCUCCAGUGCGUCUACGGUGUCAAAACGGAGACCAUAUCACCUUGGACACCAGCUGGUCCAGCUUCAUCAACCCUUGGAGCCGCAAGGUGGCCUUCAUCAUCGGACGUCAUAAAGUCAGGACGAGUCCACUGAAUGAAGAUGUGUUUGCUGCACCGACUAAGGAUGAUAUCCUAGUCACUAAUGAGGAAAUAAAAGACCUGCAAGCAAAGAUCUACAAGCUUUUCCUGCAGCCGGUCCAUAAUAACGGUUCCAGUGGUUACGGCAGUUUGGGAAGUAACGGCUCUCAUGAGCACUACAUCAGCGUCGCCUCUUCAAGUGACAGUAAUGGUAACCUGUGGGAGGACGCGCAGCGGGAACCGAUGACUCUGCAGCAGAUCUGUGCUGAUGUGAAUAGAGUGAAGAGUUGGGGCCAGCAGGCUUAUCUGGGUAGCCACAAAAUUGCUCUCCUUGGCAAACCUGCUGCAGCACGUCUGCCCCCUGCAGUCUCCAACCCUGAGGUCAGAGAACCCGAGGAAAGUAGGAAGCAAACACACAUUCCCUCCUAUCAGCAGAUCAACUGUGUGGACAACAUCAUCAGAUAUUUGGAGAGCUGUACAGGUCCAGCCCUAAAGCGCAAGAGUGACUCCCAUUCCUUGGCCACCUCUUCUUCCUCAUCCUCUACCUCAGAAGACGACAAGCCUGCUGAAACCACUGAUACAGCUCAGGCCAGCUCAGAUGUGGUACUGGACAGUGGGGUGUCAGUGGCCCCGACGGCGGCAGCAGUUGUUGGAGCGCCUCUGACAGACAUCACGAUGUCCACCAAGGCUAUGAGCGUAGUCUCUGUCACCAGCCAGUGUUCAUACAGCAGCACCAUUGUCCAUGUGCCACAGCCUGAAUCAGAGGCCACGGCCCUGGAGGAUGCCCCGAUGGGCAGUGAGCCUGCUGAUGCUGCUCCGACCCCUGUCCGUCUGGCCCCCAGCCUCGCCACAGAGGAACGAAGGUUUAUCGGUCUCACCAAGGAGGUGCUGUCAGCUCACACCCAGAAGGAGGAGCAAGAGUAUGUGGAUCGAUUCCGCCAUCGCAUCCUCCAGAGCCCCUAUAGCUCCUAUCUGCAGCUGGACAACAGCUCUAUGGCUCACUCCCACCACCCAGGCGACUAUCUACGUCCAGUGAGUGGUGCUGGGUGGAACCGCACUCGCAGAGGAAAGCCCAGGCACAAGCGUGCCAAACCUCAGACUUCCUCAGACAGCUACACUUCUCCACCUGGUCCCAAAUCCUCCUGGCCAUCCUCAGAGUCCUCCCAGCCCCAGAUGGGGGCGCCCUACAGCCAAACAAACCCACUCCAGACACCAUUCUUCCCCAUGAUGGCGACCCAGCCUGUCCCAGAGCAACCCCCCAGACCACAACAGCUGCCUCUAUCGACCCCCAUGCUCCUGCAACCUCCUGACCAAACCCAACUGAACUACAACUUCAGCAUCAUGCAGCCUACUCAGAGCCUGCAAGGCAUGCAGCAAAUCCAGAUGGAGCCCAUUCAGAAUCUCCAGAAUAUACAGACCUUCCCCAACCUACAGCCCAUGGCUCCAGUCCAAAACAUUAACCCAUACAUGACUCCAGUCAUGGCUGUCAUCCUGCCCAGCUACCCAACUUUCACUCCAGGUUACCCAUCUAUUUACCCACCAUCUGAUCCUUCCAUGCUUCCCCAGGCACCCAUCACCAUAACAGGCUUUGCCCCUGGCAGUGUCCAAUUUCCUCAGCCCCUGUUCCAAACCCAGCAAGCACCUCAGACUCAGACCCCACUGGGCCCUCUGCUUUGCUCACCCCGACCCAGCUCCUCUGUCGGGGAAGAGGAGGAGGCUGCUGGUCCUCCAGCAUUAUUCUCCAGCUCUCGCUCCAGUUCUCCGCUACAGCUGAACUUGCUGCAGGAGGAGCUGCCAAAGCCAAAUGAAGGUCAGAGCAGCACCGGACACAACCACGCUGAGAGCCUCCAUGAACAACAUGCCAACGAGGGUGACAACCCCAGCGAUUCUGGGAACCAUGACGCCCAGUCUACAUCCAGUGAGCUGCUUGACAUGCUGCUGCAGGAGGAUGCCAGGUCAGGGACGGGCUCCAAUGCCUCUGGGUCUGGGUCAGGGGAGUCUGGCUCCCUCGGAUCAGGAUCAGGAUCUGGCUCCAAUGGAACCUCCACAUCACACACUGGCAGCAGCAACAGCAGCAAAUACUUUGCUAGCAAUGAUUCAUCUGACACAUCACGCAAAGCCCGUAAGAGCCAGGAGGCACCGGCGGAGCUCCAACACAGCUUCGACACUCAGGUGGAGAACUCACUGUGGAGCAUGAUCCAGCACACGCCUGAGCGUGUCAUGAUGACAUACCAGAUGCACACCAGGGACCAGAAUGAGGUGUUGUCAGAAGACAGGGAGAAGCUGCGGGUGCUUCAGCCCCUCCAGCCCUGGUUCACCCAGGAGCAGAGAGAGGAGCUGGCUGAGGUCCAUCCCUGGAUCUCACAGCACACUAUCCCACAGGAGAUCGACACACAGGGUUGUGCAAGCUGCAGCGCAGGUACAGGGGUCGCCCACUCCCCUCACCCGCCUGCCCCCGACAGCUCGUCCCCUCUGGAGAGUCCUCAGGAUGAAUCCAUCGGACCUGUGGUGGACACCUGAGAAACUCUGAAACCAAAAGAACCAACCACCCAGCUCACAGCAAACCAGCCCAGCCAGAAACCUCGUCAACUGGACCAGGCCCUGAGGAGCAGAGCAAGAGCGACGGGCGUUUUUACUGUCAUUAUCUCAGCCUCAUGUGACUGCCUUUAUUGGACCAUGAAUAUUAUACCUCUCUACUUUUUGUGCUUAGAGACCCCUGUAGGGGUUCAGUUUGUAUUUAAGACUGAUCAGAUCUUUGGCACCUGACGCUCGAUAUAGGAAGAGGGUCCCAUGGUUGCUGCCCCCAAACAUGAGCACUGUGUACACACACCCAGUCUGGAGGACGAGUGCAACUGGGUGACGUGACAAUGACGGUGCUGGCCCAGGUUGAACACCUGAACACACGCCAGACUGUUCCCAAGAGACGUGGAGUGUACAGUGUGUGUACCACCAGCUGCAUAGUGACAUACCAUGGUUGACACAUGGUUGAUUGUUUUGAUGGACACUGAGACAAAGACACAUUUGCUGCUCUGUGUUUAUAAUGUUCAGAUUCUGAUCUUGUGUUGGAGUGUAUUCUCGUAUUCCAGAGGUCGGUCUCCUCUUGACCAGAACAUCAUGUUGUAUGUUUUCUCUGGGCAACGGCAAACGUAUUGAGCAUUUCACAUUGACUUUAGUGCUACAAAACAAGUCCAUCUUGAUGUCCAAAAGGUCCUGUAGCGCCUCCCAGUAUAUCCUGCCUGAUCAUCACCCUACAGAACCUGUAGUUUACCUCUAAUUGUAAACCGACACAGCGUGGCCCAAAUUUGAUCUUGAUCCUGGGUUUACUUACAGAAUGAAUUUCCUCUUGAUGUCUGCGUAGCUUUGUGUGUGUGUUUUUGUGUGUGUGUGUGUGUGUGUGUGUGUGUGUGUGAGAGAGAGAGAGGGAGACAGAGAGAGAGAGAUAAGGCAGGGAUGAAUUAAUUAACCCAUUGUGAUUCUGUGAAUGUUAUCACACUUCUUGUACAGAAUUCAGAUCACAGGUGAGCAGGUGUGUGUGUUCGUGUGUGCUGACCGAUUGAGAGCUGCUUCCUUCGAUACAGUUGUCCAACGGUGCAAGACAGACCAGGGUUUUCUACCAUUUUUAGAUUCAAAGUAUAUUACAGUACCAUGUAUUUUAUAGAAAAAGUACACAAAACAAAUUUCACAAAGUGUAUAAAAGCCAUUUGUCUUGAAUUCAGGGACUGUUUGUUUGUGACACAAAGGAAUGAAUAAAUGAACUAUGACCUUACGUGUA